AUAAGGCUCAGGCAGGCUCCAGCAACUCUCAGAAUACCUCUCAGCAGCCCAAAUCUUCGCCCAACAAUGCCAAUUCAUCUACUGUGGUCACUGAAUCAGCUGGAAAUACACAGGCACUACUUCUCAUAUGACACCUCAUCGUCAUUGGGUGCACCACUAUACCCCAUAUUGUGUGCCAAUCAAGCUGGCUGAUCACACUGUUGUCUAUUCAGCUGGUGUUGGUACUGUGGUGUUUAAUCCUGUGAUGAAUGGCAAAGUGGCUAGGGCUGUGGAAUUCUCUAGAGUGCUCCAUGUACCAGAUCUUCGAAAUAAUCUCCUCUCAGUCUUGUAUUUAACUCGUCAAGGUGGUUUCAAUGUCACUAUUUCAUCUCAUU